UUCACAGCUUGCAGACUAUCAAAUUCUGACAAGGAAGCCAAAUUUGUAUGCCAUUUUGACAUUCGUUCGUAUAACCCAAGUUACAUGUGAAUGAACAGUAUGUUUUACGAGCUUCCUGCUUCGUAAGCGUUUUCAAAAUGUCGUCCGAUGUGGUAAAUACGGAUCCUGUUCAACAAGCAAUCGAUGCCUGUAAGAUGGUGCAGUUCAUGAUCGAAUUCACAUCGAACCAACUUGAGGAUCUGAGAAGUGACUGUGAUAUCACCGAAGAAAUAACUCAGAAAGAAAUUAGAGAUACCGAGAGCAAGUUAGUGAAGUUAUUUAGUGACCAGCUGGUUGCCAAGGCACGCCUAGCAACAGAUGAAGUGCCCGAGCAGCUAUCUGAGUUCCCCAAGACUGGUGUCUGGCUCCUGGUUGCCGGGGUCAGCAAGGAUGCAAUGGCGGGCAUCAUUGAACGGGAAAUUACACUGGAUAGUCUUCUAGAGUUAUCUGAAGAAGAGGUUAAAACUCUGAUGCAGCGUUACGGAGCAAGGUCAGAAGAAAUCCGCACUCUGAAUGCUGCACUGAGAAAUCUCAAGCUUUGUACAGAGCGCCAGUUGCAGGGUGAGGACCCGAACCAGGACUGGCACUUCACGGAGCUGUCGGGUGUGACCAGUUCCAAGUCGGUGUCCAACAGUCCUUGUGGGAGUUCCCCGAAAUACCACCAGCGUCCGUCAACGUCAUCCUUGCCCAACGAGACUCUGGCCAGCUCCCCCCAGCCUCCCGAGAUACCUACCCCCCCUCAGAGUGUCCCUUCCUCCCCUCUCCCUACCACACACACACAGAUACACAGGUACACGCCCCCACCAACUCCCCCACCACCCCGACCUCGCUGUAUCGGAAAUGCAAAGUACCCGAUCACACCUCCCCCGAAGAAGAAGAUGCAACUGCUACCCGAUUCUGUGACCAUAACAAAAAGCAAGUCUCACGAGUCGCAGCUGGCCAAUCGAGUUGUGGAUAUUGAUCCUGUCAAGCCGAGCAGGAAGAAGCCGCAGAACAUUCUCCUGGGAGGAAGCCACGAGGCUCUGUUUCGGCGCCGGCUGUCCACGGAUGGGUCUGAUACAGGUGCCGGCAGUAGGGCGCAGUCGGGCCACAACUCCCCCGUCAUAUCCUCGCCCAUCCGAUCACCUCCCUACAAGCAUGACAUGAUUUCUGCUGAUGAAUACAUUAAAUAUUCCAAUACAUUGACGGUUCCCAAAUCUCCAAAGACUCCAUUGAAUAUUGGGCCAAAAAUGUUGCAUCAGAUAAGUCAUCGAUUUACUACAAGUUUUGUGUUUGCACCCUGUGAUAUUUGUUCCAACAUGGUCAUUAUAGGAAAAAUCUGUAAAUUCUGCAAAAAAAAAUUCCAUAGAGACUGUGCAGCCCGGGCACCCCCAACAUGUGGGCUUUCAGAUGAUUACGUAGACGCUGUGUUAAACUGGUCAGAGUCCCCACUUCCUGACCGUCGAGCAAUGAAUCGCGACGACUCGGGGCUGAAGCCGGUCGUGUCGAUGCCAGUGUUUCCCGGCGGACACAUCCACGACUCAAGCUCAACGUCAUCGUGUAACUCGUCAACACCGUCAUCCCCCGCACUCCACAUCUCCUCCGGCACCCUGACGUCCCCCUCGCCCGCACCCUCACACCUGAAUCAGUUUCAGUUCCCUCCUGGGCCUCAUUCAGAUGUGCCUGCUGAUAAGAAUGUUUCCACUUUACCGGAUGACUUUGUGUUAAAAGAACGUCACAAUAAUCAUGAUAUUGAUGUUGUCAACACAAAUACUUCCAAUGACAGUGAUAAAACUCUCAUAGAUAGUAAUACUUCUGACAAGAUUCUUCUGGACCGUGUGGACUCGGUGGACAGCCAGGACGACCCGCUGGGGUCCAGCUGGAAUCGGCAAAAUAGCUUAUCUGUGACAAUGAAAGAAUGGGACAUUCCCUACGAAGAUCUCCAAAUCGGAGAUGCCAUUGGUAAAGGAAGAAGUGGAGUGGUUUACAAAGGUCACUGGCAUGGCCAUGUUGCAAUAAAAGUGUUGGACAUGGACAACCUUAGUGAUUCUGAAAACCAGGACCAACUGACGGCUUUCAAACUAGAGAUUGCUUUAUUAAGGAAAACAAGACAUGAAAAUUUAGUGUUAUUUAUGGGGGCAUGUAUGAAAAUACCAAGAUUAGCCAUUGUUACCAGUUUUUGUAAAGGUGAAACAUUGUACAGUAUUAUUCAUGAGAAGAGGGAACAAUUUAAAUUAAACCGAGCCAUGAUAGUAGCAUCACAGAUUGCACAGGGUAUGGGCUACUUGCAUGCAAAGGGGAUUGUUCACAAAGACUUGAGAACAAAAAAUAUAUUCUUGGACAGUGGCAAAGUUGUCAUCACUGACUUUGGGCUGUUCACCAUCACAAAGAUAUGUCGGGGAAACAAGAAAGACGACUGGUUACGGGUACCUCCAGGAUGGUUGUGCUAUUUAUCUCCAGAAAUCAUCCGUGUUCUCCACGCCCGGCAACACGAGAACAAGAACUUGCACUUCAAGUCCAAGUCAGACAUAUAUGCCUUUGGAACUGUGUGGUAUGAGUUGCUGUGUGGUGACUGGCCGUUCCGGAAUCAGCCGUCGGAAACAAUCAUCUGGCAGGUUGGCCGGGGAAUGAAGCAGUCACUGUCAACUGUUGGUGCUCCACGUGAGGUCAAGGAUAUUCUUAUGUCCUGUUGGGUGUUCAAGCCAGAUGACCGGCCGGACUUCAGCCAGGUGGCCAAAGCUCUGGACCGGAUUCCCAAGAACCGAUUAAUCCGCAGUCCCUCUCACCCUAUCCAGCUGUCACGCAGCACGGAGGGCAUUUUCAACGCGUAACAUUCAUCACAUGUGUAUUCAUCGGACUUCUGUGGCCUACAAAUUGGUGCUCAUCUCUUCAUCAAUGCAUCCUUACUAAGGCAAAGGUUGAGUGGCGUGCAGGCAGGCAGCCUUUGUGUAACUGUAUUGUGAUAACCAGAUUCUUUCUGUACAGUUGUCUCUCCUCUUCUCAUUCUACUGGCCUCUGUGACAUGAACAUCAGACAUCCAGCCCAGACAUAGACAACAAAGUGUAGUGACAAUACAUCCAGCCCAGACAUAAAUAACAGAGUAGCGAUCAUAAAUCCAACCCAGACAUAAACAACAGAGUAGUGAUUGUACAUCCACCUCAGACGUAAACAACAGAGUAGUGAUUGUACAUACACCUCAGACAUAAACAACAGAGUAGUGAUUGUACAUCCAGCCCAGACAUAAACAACAGAGUAGUGAUUGUACAUCCAGCCCAGACAUAAACAACAGAGUAGUGAUUGUACAUCCACCUCAGACAUAAACAUCCAGUCCAGGUAGCAUUUCAUUUUCAACAAAAAGUAAUUUCUUUGUCUUGUCAAAAGGAAGAAAGUUGAAUGAUUGUACAGUGUGACCCAAGUCGUCUCUUUACCGGAGCAUCAUAUAAUUAUCAUGCACUGAAUACACCUGGUCUGAUUUACAUCUACCAUGACACUGCGACUAGACUGGAUCAUCAGGUAGUGGCAUUUUGAUAAAUAUUUAAUGUGACUAUAUAUACCCUAUUAAGUAAUAUGUACUUUCAACCUAACGUGCAAGGGACAACAUAUGUUCGACCCCUAUAUUCAGAUCUUUUUAUUAGUCCAUGGCAUUAAAUCUGUUGUAUUUUUAUCCACCUCUUUUACUGUGACGUGAAGUCUGUGAUACCUCAAUCUAUUUACCAUGACCUGACAAACAGGAAUCAGUUGUGUGGUACCUUAUAUGAUAAUCACUGGAGAUGUUGUUACAAUUGUUUAUUCUGUUCAGGUACCAUGUAUACAAAGCAUUUAUAUAACAGAAUCUGGAUAUGAGCUGAAGUUUGUUUAGUAAACUUGAAGCUAAUUUGAAUCUUGAAUUCCACAGAACUGUGUCAAGGACCUUGCAAUUUAUUCUUUUUAAUUGUAGGAGAAAUACAGUGUAACUGGUCGAUAACAAAGGGUGUUGGGUAUAUCUUGUUGUGUCAGUUCGGUGAACACAAGUUCUAUUGUCGCAGAAUAAACCCAAUAUUGCAUUUCCUUUUGUUACUAGCAUUAGAAACAAAACAAAUAUUCUUAGUGGGUUUUGAUCAGUUGAUUCAGUAAAUGGUUUCAAGUCUAAACAGAAUGUUCACAUCCAUCAUUACUCUGGGCUAAAAUAAGGUAUCUCAUUAUUUGCUGCAAAUGAGACUGAACUUCUCACAGCCAAAACCAUAAAAAUAAUGUUAGUGAGGAUGUGUUUUUGUUUGGUGCUAUUGACACAAACAGUUUGUGAUGGGCUUGUAUGUCUGGUUUUCAUGUCGAUGGUUCAUCUUGUCAUUAUUUCUGUUCUUCUUCACAUCAUGUCAUUGUUGUGUCUGUGCUGUACUAAACAAUGAGAGGCGACUUGUAUUGGAAAUACGUGUAACACAGACUAUGAAAUCUGCUCUUCAGCUGUGAUAUCCGGUCUUACUAUUCAUUAUUGCAGUUUUUGGUUUUUUCCUCUCUCACUUGGCGGGAGUGAUUCCUUCGAGCCGUUGCUUCUCAACAAUCAGGAAUAUGUUCUGAACAGAUCUUGUGCCUUCAUCGCAGUCUUUUCUCACCGGAGACUGCAGCCACCAUUUUAUUUACAGAGCAGAAGUGGUGACAUUUUAAUUACUAAGGGACGCAGAAGUGGUGACAUUUUAAUUACUAAGGGAAGCAAAAGUGGUGACAUUUUAAUUACUAAGGGAAGCAAAAGUGAUGCCAUUUUGUUUACUAAUGGACGCAGAAGUGGUGACAUUUUAAUUACUAAGGAACACAGAAGUGAUACCAUUUUGUUUACCAAGGGAUGUCAUUUCAUUUACAGAGAGAAGCAAAAGUGCCAUUUUAUUUACCGAGGGAAAAUUUACUGAGGAAAAAGGAAGUGGUGCUUAUGCUUGUCAAACAUGAAAAUCUGCUUCUAGCUUUGUCUCAGUCUAAUCUCACCUACAACAGCUUCCACCGCUCUCUCGACAUUCAGUUCUGGUGUGUCACUUGGUUUCUGAAACACUGUCAGUAUUUAGAGCUGGGUGAACCAGACCCAUGUCCAUUUACUGCUAGCACUCCGGUAUUCUUAUAAAAUACACACUCACCUGGUUUUCGUACUUAACUUUAAGUGAUUGUGACGGGAUGGGAACCAGUCAAAUAAUUAGCAGAUGCUCACAUCAAAACCUAUGUACAGGCCGCAGUUUUCAUACGCGGCUCAUUCAUUGAACAUGGAUAAAUUCACAAAUAUCUGUGUAAUUAAAGAAACUAAUUCUGAAAUGAAGGCACAUGUUCUGUUUAGCAAGAUAUUCAGUGUUGUGAAAAUGAUGUCAAGCUGGCCAUACUAAUCAUGAAAUUAAAACGGUAUGUUACUACUAUAUUGUAUGUUUGACAUGUUUGUUUCCUAUGUAAGUUUGAUAUUGCCUUAUACUGCUGCGUGCGACUGUAUGUCCAUCGGAUAUUGUACUGUAUGAAUGUCUGUGCAGUCAUAUUAUUGUUACAAUGUAAUUCAUCUAAAUAUGUACAAAUCUAUAAUAAAAUAAACUUCCGAUAUAUAAUUUUUAUAAGCAAGAAUUUUGUUUACAGCUUUUACAACUUUGAAUCUGGGCCCAUAUUUUCAAAGCCAUCUUAGCACACUAUGAAAUUGUAAAAUCAUCGUCACUAUGGUGUGUGCUGUAAUGAUGUCAUAGUCUUUGAUGGUUUUACUAUUUUGUAGCGCUAAGAUACAAUGUGGCUUCGAAAAUCCCUAGGCUGAAUAUAUCAUUUUAUUAGCCAAAUAUUGAGCUUGUUGCACAAUUCAUACAAAGACCAGUUUUUGAUGUGUAGUGUGAACAUUUUCUGUAGACAUUUUUGGUUCAUAUGUGAUCAACUUUUGAAUUUCGAGCAGGUAUUUUCAACUUGAACAUCCACAAUGUGAAUACUAUGCUAUUGGUCAACAUGAUAACAGCCAAAAGUAGAUAUUUACUCAGCUGCUUUUUAUUUUAUUAUUAUUUUUAGCCACUUGGCUAGUUGUAUUUAUAAAUAUACAGCCGAACUAGUUUUAUUGGCCAAAUUUAAAGAAAAAAGAAAGAAAUAUUACAAAAUUUAAUAAGCUUGAUCACAAAUGAGCUUGUUUGUUGAAUGUAUUCUAAAAAGAAAAAUGCAUCAAAUUCAGCUUGUUGAUAAAUCAUGACAAUGUAAAUUAUAUUAAAACACGUUGGAGCAGAUUACGUUUAAAAUCAAUAUUCAUGAAGUAAAAACUGCAAAUAGCCUAGUGGGUUAGUAAUGAACAGUAAGUAUCGAACAUUCAAUCAUAAAAACUUUCCUAUUUGGAUGACCACUCACAAGGUCUGUCUGUUAAGUGAACACCCAUUGAAUGCUGUGAUUCGGACCUGCAGGUCAACAUCCUCGUGUAGAUACCAUUUACACAAAAGGGGCAGAAUUUACAAAGCCUGUUUAUGUCUUACACACAUGUAACUACAUACAUUUACAAAGCUUAAAUGCCUGUCUUGCACACAUGUAACUACAUACAUUUACAAAGCUUAAAUGCCUGUCUUACACACAUGUAACUACAUACAUUUACAAAGCUUAAAUGCCUGCAUUUAAAAAAAACCAGGCUUCGUAAAUUAGGCCCACAAUGUUUUAUGUACUUCUCCAGGAACGCUUCGUUGAUUCCUCUUUGUCAUGCAACUGUAUACACUGUCCUUCAUAAACAACACUCAUGUGACAGUGUCUUAGUGCAUCAACAUUUCCACUUCACAAAAUAUACUGCUGGGGUCUCUAGUUUAUCUAUUGGAGAUCUCUUCCACUGGGUAUGUACACAUGUAACUAAAUGGGCAUAUUCUGCUUGCAGCUGGGCCCAUAUACCCAAGAGGAUUUGUUGAACAGGGGCCUAAUUCACUAAACUCUUGCAACUUUGCAAUCUUGCAGUGCAAUGUUAAAAGACUUGCAAAGAGGAUGGUUUGUUUUCUGGCAGAGACUAAGAGACCUUUGUGAAUUAGGCCCCAGAUUAUUUCAUCAUGAUGAAGUUACUUUAAUUUGUCUGUUCAGGUGUGUUUAAUAUAUAAACCAGUAAUUUUAGAUAUAAUUCAGUCUGAAUGAAGUGUUGCGAUUUCAACCUUUCUAACCCAGGGACAAAAACUGAAUAUGAUAGAACAAAACUUAAUGUAACAGUACUUUAUUGCUAAACAUUCAGAAUCCAUAAGUAUCUAAACAGUUUUAUAGAAAAAUCGUAACUAAUGCGAACAGAUGGCCACCUUUUAACAAAAACAACUUUUAACUAACAUCAUUCCAGGCACCAGCAUUCCUGGAUGUAAAGUCUGUUCAUAUUGAAAUGGAACAAUCGGACAUAUAAAUUUUAUUUCAUUUUAGAUGUUUCAUAAAGCUAAAAACAAAAUAUAAAUAUGUAAAGUGGAAAAGAUAAUAAUCAUAGUAUUUUAAAAAACAUUUUAUAUUUAAAAAAAAUUAACAACCAAAUGUUCUAAGUUUAUGAAGGGAUGUAUACAAAACAUGGCAGAAGAAACGAGUUUAUUUACCUUCAAGUUUGUUUUUGUCUGAAUAUACAAGUUUCUGUCUCCUAGCAACUGUGAAGGUGUGCAUUUGAUUGUUAUCUGUAUGUACAAACUGUACACACUUGUGACAGAGUGGUACAUGUACUUUGUAAAACACUCAUCAUUCCAUUACCUAAAGCAGUGAUAGUGUGUGAUCACUUUAAACAAGGGGAUUCAAUCAUGGAUCUAUUGGUUCAAACAGCAGCAGUGCUUACUCCUACAAGACAACUUUAAUGAUGUAUAUGCGUGAUUUGAGAGUGUGUUGUGUUGUGUGGAGUAUCUGGAUACACGUAGACACCAGGAAGACUUCAUCAUUAUCAUAACCUGUUCAGUGAGGAUUUUUCAAGGGAGACGUUACAGCUACAGUAUUCAAAAGUAAACCAACAUGCAUUAAUUGUAUGGCAGUCUUUCCCAGAAACGUCAAGCUGACCAAGAUAUUAUAUCCUUCUCUAAAAAGAAAUAAAUUGCUCCAAUAAACAUUAUUUUUUUAUUUUUUUACUAGGGAGAGGGGACACUCCAAGAACAGUAUAUUAGACUUAAAGUAAAUGGCAUUCAAAUUCUCCACCCAGUGUGAAUGUCUGGAGGAAUGCUUACCACUUGGUGGCAUAUUAAACUGAAAAUAAGGUCUUCAAAAUGUUUUAAUCGGUUUAAUGUCUGCACCACAAGCAUAAAAAUUUUGAAAUACAUUUUUUUGAUUUGAAGUUCUCAAAAAUAAUAUCACAAACAAUUACAUUUACAGAAUUUUUAUCAUUUCUAUAGUUAUAAAUUAGAAACUUCUUCAUCAUCUGUUUUAUCUAGUUGCUUAUGUUUACACAUGGAAUCAUGCCAAAUGAUCAUUUUGCGUGAGUACCAUGUGUUAGGAAAUAGCAGGACUUGCUGGUGUCUACAGUUUUCUCUGUCUUGUCAUUAAUUAAAUGUCUGAGUGCGAAACAUAUCUAUGGAAUGUCAUCGUCAUGUGCAAUAUUCUUGCUGUACAUAGAAACAAAAUAAAUCUUUUAAUACAUU